AUGGGCUGCCGGUGGGUGAAGGACUCUCGCUCUACACCACAGGUAGCAGAUCGAAAAAGUAGUAAGUACGAAGUGCUGUUUCGAAGAGUGGAACAUGUAUGCUUGGGAGCCCCGAUAGAGAGUCUCGUACUGAUCAGACCAGUUCAUCAUACUGCAAUGUCGAUUGAUGAUAUAGUGUGUAUGUUUGUGUCACUAAAGAAGAGAUGUAGCGCCAUUUCUGACAGCUCUGUCACCCCAUAUAAAAGAAUUCAAGAUUGUAGAUGCAACACUUACGUUCAGGAGAGAGAUAAUUUGUGUCUCUGCUGGGACGAGCCAUGA